UUUCUCUCUUUCUCUCUCAAUUGUCUACAUAAAACUACUCCUUUGGCUUCUUUUAGUUCUUUAAGAACAAACUCUCAAGUUUUUCCAUCCUUUCUCCUUAAAAAAAAAUCCCAUCUUGUUCCCACCUUCCCUCUUUGAUCAAUCCCAUGCUUUGAAAAACAAAAGAAACAGUACAAAAACAAGCAAAGUUUUUUUUUUUAGAUCUUCUCCAUCUUGAAGAUAUAUAUAUAUAUUCUAGUUCUAACUCAGAAUUCAUGAUCUUGAGUUUUAGACAUGUGUGACUUCUUUUGGAAAAGGAUGGAGAACAACCAAGGUGAUCUUGCAGACAUAGUUAGAGCAAGCAAUAGAGUUGCAGAUGGAUCACUGAAGACCGAUGUUUCGGUGUCUUCAGAUAACUGGCAGUUCAUGCCUUCAGAGCCACUGAGCUUCUUCUCUCCAGCAAGUGAUCAUGUUCAAAGGGAGGACUUCAUUGAUCCUUUUAGCAACCUCAUGAAGGACCCUUUCUUCAAUGAGUUAUCAGUCUCUUCCUUUCUUGAAUCUCAUGAUCAUUUAUUAGCAAAACCCACAAACAUGUUAAAUGAGGACAUUAUUGUUAGUAGGCCUUCUAAUGUCUACUCAAAGAUGUUUCAGAUCUCUCCGGGAAGUUCUAAGCCUUCUCCUUCUCCGAUCAUCAUCGGUGGCUCUCCGGCUGAUCAUCUUGGUGUUCAGAUCUCUUCUUCUCAAUCUCCAACAAUCAAAAGAAGGAAGAACCAAGCAAAGAGGGUGGUUUGCAUUCCAGCACCAGCAGCAGUAAGCAACAGAUCAAGUGGUGAAGUUGUUCCUUCUGAUCUUUGGGCUUGGAGAAAGUAUGGCCAAAAACCAAUCAAAGGUUCUCCUUAUCCAAGGGGUUAUUAUAGAUGUAGUAGUUCCAAAGGAUGUUCAGCAAGGAAACAAGUAGAACGUAGUAGGACUGAUCCAAACAUGCUGGUGAUCACCUACACAUCAGAGCACAACCAUCCAUGGCCAACUCAGAGGAAUGCACUUGCCGGUUCAACGAGGUCUCAACCGUCGAAAAAAACUGCGUCACCGAUGAAAAACAACCCGGACAACUCAACACCUGAAUUACUUAUAAGUUCAAGUGCUCCUCCAUUCAUCAAAGAUGAAGUUUUUAAUGAAAACUACAAACCAAUGAUACAGGAAUCAGCUGAUGAUUUCUUUGCUGAUUUAGCAGAGUUGGAGUCUGACCCAAUGAGACUCAUUUUCUCAAAAGAUCAGCUGAUCAAUGAUCAUGAUGAGAAGGAUCAGAUCAACAAAGAGGCAAUGGAUGAUAAUGAUGAUGAUGAUGAUGAUAAUGAUGAUGAUCCUUUCAGUAUGCUUGACUCAUGGGGUGGUGGAAAUUAACUGAUCAUUGAAUUUGGAGAAGAAGCAAAGAAAGGUUUAUAACAAGACCUUGUAACAGUACCAAUAAAAAGACAUAAUAUUGUUAUACAUUUAUAUAUAUACAUACAAGUGCUCAUUUUGUUCCAGGUCUAGCUAUAAACCUUUAAUGUAUAUGUAUAUGCAUCAUGCA